AUGUGUCUUUUCCCCGAGAAGGCACACAGCAUAUAUGCAUGUGCUAAAAGGAAGCUAGCUCCUAAGAGGAAAACUGUGGUACCAUUGGAUGAAGCAUUUAAUUGCACCUUUUGCAAUCACGAGAAGUCUUGCUACGUCAAAAUGGAUAAGAGUCGAAGUAUAGGAAAAAUAAUGUGUGAAGUUUGUUUGGAAGCAUUUCAAACUAGAAUACACCUUCUCUCAGCACCAGUGGAUGUGUAUAACGACUGGAUCGACGCCUGUGAAUCUGUAAAUUAA